AGGCGGCGUGAGUGAUUUCAGGAGUGAUUAGUUUGUAUGAAACUACGAGGCAGAGAUUCCUACAGCCACAUAUCAGUAUUGAUCCGGACGGCGGGUCUGUGCAGCCGACAGUAUUUUGAUGACAUUCAUCAGCGUUAUUAGCUAAGUUAAUUAGCCAGGCUACUUCAGGGAAGCGCGUCAUUAAUACGGGGCCGCAUCAUCUGUGGACAAUGAGGAAGGUUGCCCUGUUGUUGAUUGUGCUGCUCGGCGUUGCACAUUUUGCAACUGUCAGCAGAUGUGAAGAUGAUGUGACAGGGGAGAAGGAGGAAGCUGAUGAAGAGGACAGUGAGGGUGAGGAGGAUGAGGAUGAAGACGAAGGAGAUGACACAGAGGUGAAAGAAGAGAACGGGGUGCUGAUUCUCACCGACAACAAUUAUGAGACUUUCAUGGAAGGGAAAGACACCGUUUUAGUUGAGUUUUAUGCUCCAUGGUGUGGCCAUUGCAAACAGUUUGCUCCAGAGUAUGAAAAAAUUGCUCAGACUCUCAAGGAGAAUGACCCUCCUAUACCUGUGGCCAAAGUGGAUGCAACAGUAGCCAGUGAGUUAGCGAGCAGGUUCGAAGUAUCGGGGUAUCCCACCAUCAAGAUCCUCAAAAAUGGAGAGGCUGUGGACUACGAUGGAGAAAGGACACCGAAGGCCAUUGUGGAUCGGGUGAAAGAGGUGGCUCAGCCAGAUUGGAAGCCCCCUCCUGAGGCGACACUGGUGCUGACCAAAGAUAACUUUGAUGAGACCGUUAACAAUGCAGACAUCAUCCUGGUGGAGUUCUACGCCCCAUGGUGUGGACACUGUAAGCGUUUGGCUCCAGAGUACGAGAAGGCAGCAAAGGAGUUGAGCCAGCGUUCUCCUCCCAUUCCUCUGGCCAAGGUGGACGCCACUGUGGAGAAUGAGAUCGCCACACGCUUUGGAGUCACAGGCUAUCCCACCCUCAAGAUCUUCAGGAAGGGCAAGGCGUUUGACUACAGCGGACCCAGAGAGAAGUAUGGCAUUGUUGACUACAUGGGUGAGCAAGCAGGGCCUCCCUCCAAACAGGUCCAGGCAGCAAAACAGGUGCAGGAGCUUAUCAAGGAUGGGGAUGAUGCUGUCAUAGUCGGUGUGUUCUCCGGCGAGCAGGAUGCAGCCUAUGAGAUCUACAUCGAGGCUUGUAAUGUACUGAGGGAAGACUUCACCUUCCGUCACUCCUUCAGCUCUGAAGUGAGCAAACUGCUCAAAGCGUCACCCGGUCAGGUUGUCAUUGUUCAGCCUGAAAAGUUUCGCUCCAAGUUUGAGCCAGCGUCACACACACUUGCAGUCAAGGACUCUACAUCAGUGUCAGAAGUACAGGAGUUCUUCAAAAAGCAUGUGAUUCCUCUGGUGGGCCACAGGAAACCAAGCAAUGAUGCUAAGCGCUACACAAAACGACCCCUGGUGGUUGUGUAUUAUGGAGUAGACUUCAGCUUUGACUACAGGAAAGCUACACAGUUCUGGAGGUCCAAGGUGCUGGAGGUGGCCAAAGAGUUCCCAGAAUACACGUUUGCCAUUGCUGAUGAGGAAGACUACGCAGAGGAGCUGAAGAGCCUGGGCCUGAGUGAGAGCGGAGAGGAAGUUAAUGUGGGAAUUCUGGCAGAUGGAGGCAAAAAGUUUGCCAUGGAGCCCGAGGAGUUUGACGCCGAGGUGCUGCAAGACUUUGUUAUGGCUUUUAAGAAAGGAAAGCUCAAACCCAUCAUCAAGUCCCAGCCAGUGCCAAAGAACAACAAAGGACCAGUUAAAGUUGUGGUCGGAAAAACUUUUGAUGAGAUUGUCAUGGAUACCCAGAAGGACGUCCUGAUUGAGUUUUAUGCUCCCUGGUGUGGCCACUGUAAGAAACUGGAGCCUGAUUAUUUGGCUCUGGGCAAAAAGUACAAAGGGGAGAAGAACCUGGUGAUCGCCAAGAUGGACACCACAGCCAACGAUGUGCCAAACGAGAGCUACAAAGUGGAAGGCUUCCCCACGAUAUACUUUGCCCCAAGCAACAGCAAGCAGAGCCCAGUCAAAUUUGAAGGCGGAGACAGAACAAUAGAAGGAUUCAGUAAGUUCAUAGAAAAACACGCCACAAAACUACAGAAGAGAGAUGAACUUUGAAACUUUCUCUCCUGACCAGUAGCUAAGAACUCUUACCACUCUCAGGCGGCGCCUUGGAGGACGCUGAGAGGGGCCUCUGGGAAGGUGAAGGGAACGCAGCGGAGUUAAACGGUGUUACUGAGUUGAAUGAUGAUUAUUAUGUUCAAUCAUCCUUUUUAGUUUCUGUUCAUUUGAAGAGAUUCAGCUUUCUUCUGUUUCUAAAAGCAUGUAAGCACUGUUGAAGAUUUAAGUCUUUUUAAAUAAAACUCAAAAUGACGUCA